AAAGGAGUCGACUCUCCCGUCAACGGCAUUUCAUUAGACGUGCAGUACAUUAAGUACUGAGAGUAAAAGUAAACAGGAACUGAGUGGAGCUGCAGCGCGUCAGAGCACUCUAUUAAGCCUGAAGCCCACACUCGAUCAAACUGCAAGACCAUGGCAGGUGCUUUACCUUUACAAUUGGCUAUGGUGAGAAGAUUUAACAGGCUACUGUACUGUGUGAGGUCCAACUUCCAUACCAGUAAUGGAUUGGCUUCCAAGGAGCAUUAUAAGAUCGUGGUGGUUGGAGGAGGCAGUGGUGGUAUUUCCAUGGGAGCCCGUAUGAAAAGGAAGGUUGGCGCAGAAAAUGUGGCUAUUGUAGAGCCCAGUGAGAUGCAUUAUUACCAGCCCAUGUGGACACUAGUAGGCGCAGGGGCUAAAACUGUACAGGCGUCUGGACGGUCCACUGCUAGUGUGAUGCCCUCUGGAGUCAAAUGGGUCAAAUCCAGAGCCAUGAGGAUUGACCCUGAAAACAACACUGUCUUCACGGAGUGUGGGAAAGAGAUUUCCUAUGACUACCUUAUUGUAUCACUGGGCCUCCAGCUUCACUAUGAGAAGAUUAAAGGACUACCUGAAGGUUUUGAACAUCCAAAGAUCGGAUCAAAUUAUUCACUGCAAACAGUCGAAAAAACAUGGAAAGCAUUAAAGAACUUCAAGGAGGGAAAUGCUAUUUUCUCUUUUCCCAACACUCCUGUGAAGUGUGCAGGAGCUCCUCAGAAGAUCAUGUACCUUUCUGAUUCCUUCUUGAGAAAGACUGGAAAGCGGUCCAAAGCCAACUUUAUUUACAACACCUCAUUGCCCGUGUUGUUUGGAGUUAAGAAAUACGCCGACGCACUCUGGGAAAUUGUGAAAAAACGUGACCUGAAUGUAAACCUCAGACACAACCUUAUAGAGGUCCGAGCAGACAAGUAUGAAGCGGUAUUCGAGAACCUUGAUAAACCUGGAGAAACAAAGGUUUUUGAGUAUGAGAUGCUCCAUGUUACCCCUCCUAUGGGACCUCCAGCAGUGCUCAAGGGUUCCACGUUGGAAGAUGAAGGUGGCUGGCUUGAUGUAAAUAAAGACACCCUUCAGCAUAAGACAUACUCUAAUGUAUUUGGAAUUGGGGACUGUACCAAUCUUCCAACUUCUAAAACUGCAGCUGCUAUAGCUGCACAAUCAAGUGUUCUGGAUAGGACCAUUACCAAAGUGAUGAAGAAAGAAAAUCCUGAUAAAAAGUAUGAUGGCUACACCUCGUGCCCUUUGGUCACCAGCUACAAGACGGUCAUCUUGGCUGAGUUUGACUAUAGUGGACAACCUCUGGAGACUUUCCCAGUAGAUCAGAGCAAAGAAAGCAGAAUCAUGUAUCAUAUGAAAGCAGACAUAAUGCCCCAUCUAUACUGGCAUGGUCUUCUCAGGGGACUUUGGGGAGGCCCAGGACCAUACAGAAAAAUCAUGCACCUUGGGAUGAAAUAGAGGCUGACAGAAAUUUUUUGAAACAAAUAGACACUCAUUACAUUUUACUCAACCUUUGUGUUAACAUUCUAACCUUCAGACAUUAUAAAACAAUUGGUGUGACUGUAUGCAAAAGCAAACAAAGAAAAAAGUAAUACCUGUGCCAAUUACUAUUUUAGGAUUUUUUUUUUUUUAACUCGGGUAAAAUGGGAAACAAAUUAAUUUUUUGUUCAGAAGACAGAUGGGAUAGCAGAAUAAUGGCUAGAAUUUUUUUUUUUCUUUUCAAAAUGGGUAUAUUUUAGAAACUGAACACUAAGAGUGUUUGUUAUUUAUGACCUUUUUUACAAUGCAAUUAUGUGCAGUGUGAAUAUUUUGCUGUAAAAAGCCUUUUAACUAUGGUUUUUAUUCAAUUGAAAAGAUUGGUACUUGACAAAACCAGCAUUCCACAGCACUGUUCAAACCUCUACUCUGGUUUUGAUGAAUUAACUACAGCAGAAGCUCUUGCUGGCUGUGAUUCAAAUCAAACGUUUUUGUGAAUGUGCUCAAAACAGGUUUUAUCAUUUCUGUAGUACACAUAUACAGAUGUGUAUACUAUGAACAAAAAAACAUUUUUUUAAUAAAAUUGUAAAACUUUUUUUUACCAUCUGUGAAAGGAGUCUUCAGUGUCAAAGCUUUGUAAAAGUCAGAGAUCUGUGUAACAGUCCGAGAUCUUUGUAACAGUCAGAGAUCUUUGUAACAGUUAGAGAUCAGGCUCUUCACUUAAAUUCUUCAACAUUUAAAUUGUUCUUUGUAGUUUCUUGGUAACAACCAAGCAUUUAUUUUCCUCAAAAA